CACAUCAGAGUUUUAUGGAUUGCCUGCUGCUAAAAAGCUCGGUUUCUUUUUGCUUCCUUAGACUUCUCCGUCGAUUUAACCCUCGCCGAGAUACUGUCUCAGGGUCAUUCUUUUUUCUCCUCCAGUAUGAGUAUCUCCGGUGCUGCAGUUGGUUCAGGCAGAAAUUUAAGAAGAGCGGUAGAGUUUGGGAAAACUCAUGUGGUUAGGCCUAAAGGGAAACAUCAAGCAACUAUUGUCUGGCUACAUGGGCUUGGGGACAAUGGCUCGAGCUGGUCCCAGCUUUUGGAGACCCUUCCCCUUCCAAAUAUCAAAUGGAUAUGCCCGACUGCUCCUUCUCAGCCAAUAAGUUUGUUUGGUGGUUUUCCCUCCACAGCUUGGUUUGAUGUUGUGGACAUCAAUGAAGAUGGACCUGAUGAUAUGGAAGGAUUGGAUGUGGCUGCUGCACAUGUUGCAAAUCUGUUGUCGAAUGAGCCUGCUGACAUUAAAUUAGGUGUUGGAGGGUUCAGCAUGGGUGCGGCGACAUCUCUGUAUUCUGCAACUUGUUUUGCUCUCGGUAAAUAUGGAAAUGGCAAUCCGUACCCUAUCAAUUUAAGCACAAUCAUAGGCUUAAGCGGUUGGCUUCCUUGUGCAAAGACAUUGGCUGGCAAACUAGAAGAGGAACAGAUCAAGAACCGAGCUGCAUCAUUGCCCAUUAUAGUCUGUCAUGGAAAAGCUGAUGAUGUGGUACCGUUCAAGUUUGGGGAGAAAUCUUCCCAAGCCUUGCUUUCAAAUGGGUUUAAGAAGGUGACCUUUAAACCUUACAGUGCACUUGGUCACUACACAAUCCCACAGGAGAUGGAUGAGUUGUGCGCUUGGUUGACAUCCACCCUCGGCCUGGAAGGUUGAUGCUUUUCGUCUUCGAUGAUGUAGCUUUCUGAUGAACUCUUGAGAGUCUGAUUGAUUUGGAUGUUUCAGAAUUUCACAAUGUUUGAUUGGAAUAUUUGUGUAAGACAAAUUCGUCUAGUAGUAAAUCUUCUCCUUUGACACGUCCAAAAA